AUGUGUCUGCUUUAUUUUAGGUUUUAUUUUGUAACCUGGAAUGUGGCCACAAAGUCUCCGGGUCAAGAUCUAAAUUCCUUAUUGGACUUUCCAUCACAGUAUAAUAAAAAUAAGCCUCUACCGGAUUUCUAUGUUAUUGGAUUACAAGAGGUCAAAUCCCAACCUCAGAACAUGGUAAUGGAUAGUUUGUUUAGUGACCCAUGGACCUCGACUUUUAAUAAGAUACUUUGUAGACAAGGCUACAUUAUUGCAAAAAACAUAAGGCUCCAAGGAAUCAUACUAUUGGUUUACACUCAGAUGAAACAUGUUACACAUUUAAGAGAUAUCGAAGCCCAGUACACUAAAACUGGCUUGGGUGGAUUGUGGGGCAACAAAGGCGCAGUUAGUGUAAGAUUUAAUAUUUAUGGGUGCUCGGUCUGUCUUGUGAACUGCCACUUGGCAGCUCAUGAACAUUUACUUGCCGAACGAAUAAGUGAUUACAACACUAUAAUAAAGCAGCACUUCUACCAUGUUACUGAAACCAGUAAUAUCUUGUAUCAUGACUACGUGUUUUGGAUUGGAGACUUAAACUUUCGUACGGAUCAUCCGGCUGGCGACUGUCCGUCGUCGGAAGAGAUCGUCGCCGCUCUACAGAAAGUGGAAAAGGACAAAUAUACGGGUCUAUUAAGGCAUGAUCAGCUAAUCGCUGUUAUGGAGACCGGUGAGGCGUUUUCUGAAUUUACGGAGCCUGAAAUCAGAUUCCCACCUACAUACAAGUUCCUAAUGGGCACGGAUGAUUACGAUAUUAAGAGGAAGCCAUCAUGGACAGACAGAAUAUUGUACAAAGUCAUAGCAAACAAUUACGAAAACAUAACUCUGAGAGCCGAUGUCGUAUCUUACAAUCAUGUGCCACAUUACACUGUCAGCGACCAUAAGCCGGUGGUCGCGCAAUUUAAUAUCAAGGCCUUCUCCAACUACACAGAGAAGACAGUGGAAUUCGCCCCCAUAGUAAGGAUAUGGUACAUCGGCGACGCCGACUUUAGGACGCAAUGCACAUUGUCGCCCGAUGUUGAGAUAAACCCCAACGAUUGGAUUGGCAUUUAUGAUGCGGAUUUCCAUAACUUGGACGACUAUAUAGCGUACGAAUACUUGGCUAAAGUGAGCUUGCCACAAGCCCCCACGGCCAGCGGGCGACCUCGCACCAUCACGCUUAGUUUCCCAGUGGGCAGUGGCGUACGUACGCCUGGCUUCUACCGUUUCAUCUACUUCAGCCAGCCUAAUAACGAAGUUCGAAGCGUUCUUGGCAUAUCGGAGCCCUUCGAAGUAAGCAGCAAGGAGGACCGUCUAGUCACGAUAGAUCAUUGCGAUCAAGCUUCAACAAGCAGUAGUUCCCCGGGUAGAGCGAAGCCCUCCACCGCUACGUCGGACAUCUUCACCGACUUCACGGGCCUCGAUAUCGCUAAUCUGUCGCGCCAUUUUUCCAACGACCUGAGCAUCGACUGA